UACAGUUGACCACCGUCCGGCGCGUGCUGUACACGCGUCCCGCACGAUACACUCCCGAACGAAUUUCACCGAACUUAUAUCACUGGCUGGAGAUAAAUAUUUGGAAAAGAAAACAAUAACCAAAAAAAAAGAUGCAUUGUCUUUUGUCGGGCGCAAUUCGGAUUUCGAAAUUGAAGUGAUGUGAUAAAAUUGUGUUUAAAUAAGAAUUUUUUUAUUUGUUUUAAUUUAUCUUGUUUUGUUUUAUGACAAGUUUCGGUUUUGUUAACAGUUUACUGAUUUUCAAGAACAUUAAUCUGCAGAUUUAUUAUUUUUAUUUGGCACAUUUUCGGAUUUUAUUAUGGUGUUCGGGAUAACGGGCGAAAGUGUGUCACAAUGCUAAAAAUUUUUGGGCCAAGGGCCCAACCACACGUGGAGAAGCUCCGGGACAUCAAAGCGGCCCAUUGAUUUAUCACAGUAUGGUAACGUGCGACGAAAGCGCGGCGUGUGGCGGGUUCCGACUGGGCGCGCGAGAGGAUGAGGCACGCCGCUCCCGCGCGCCGAGCGUGUCCUCUCUCUCUCUCUACAAGCAGAAGAUUGAUGCCCUUUUUGAUGACAGCCGCUCUGUGGCCAGCCUGCCGCAGUACGGUCCCAAUUUGACUGUGUCGGAGCUGGGAAGAAGGGAUAGCAAGAUCAGUUCUACACGGGAGAGUAAAGCGACGAUCUACGAAGAUGGUGACGAUUAUUGCGAGAAUAAACUUAACAAGAUCAACAACACUGUGCAAGAUCGAAUAGAGAGGAUGUUCGCGGAAAUGGCGGGAGAAUCCAGACAAUCCACCGAAAAUAUUGGAGUCCACAUAUUCAGCGUACAUUACCUCGGCUCCACCCCCUUACAAAGUAAAGUCACCAGUUUGUCUGGACUCCAAACGCCACUGAAAGAUUUAUAUUUUGCAUAUAGAAGAAAUUUUCGCCACAAAAGUGCACUAACUGGCAGAUUAGAAAUAUCCAAAAGUGGUCUCAAAGUUAGAUAUAAAGGAGAAAAGGGUGAUUUGGAACAGUUGAAUCCUUUCCCCACGAUAGCUGUUUGGUCAGCCGUCAAAUUCGUAGUUCAAUCCUCAGACAACGACAGUCGCGAACUAAGUUAUGCAUUCUUACCUUUAAUAACAGAUCCAGAUAACAUCGAUAGACAUGCCUUAUUCAAAGAUAUGGACCCACCUGAAAAAAAAUACAUCCUCUCCCACAACGAAAAUUCACAUUCGCCACUUUUCGCUGUCGUGAUGAGGAAGAUAGGCGUUGCUAAACAAUUAGAGUGUCAUGGGUUUGUAUGUCAAACGACGGAAGACGCUAUAGUCAUAGCGGCUACGCUAUACAAGUCCCUCAUGUCACAUAUGAGUCGGCAAGGCCACACCGAUAAAAAGAAAUUAAAGAAUCGAAAUGGAGUGAGCUGCAUGAGUGUAGCAAGCAGUCUGUCUCCAAACGAGGUUCCUGUCAGACCACCUCGGAAAAAACGAAGUAAUUCAUCUUUAAGUGGAGACAGUGACAGGGCAGAUGGUUUCUCUGCCAGCGAAUCAUAUAACGAAAAACAUAAAUCGGACAGGACAAAGAAAUAUUCGACGGAGAGCAUGCCGCGUCUUCCGCCGCCCCCGUGUGUACCUCACGUUGAAGCGAAGCGAAUCACAGUUGAAGAAGUGAAAGCUAAAUUGGAUUCAAUAAAACAUAAUGACACUAGUGGCAGCGACACGCAAGGAUCGAAAAAGUCAGUAGCGAAGCAUUCUCUUAAUGCAAGUAGUAGAAUUCAAAAUCUCCAGAAACCUCAUAGUAGUACGGAAUCAUCAGUUCGAAGUAAGGUGUCAGAGAAAAUAGAGCUUUUUAGAGAAUUAGAGCGGCGGAAAAACAUUCAAAGGCCACCGACAUUACCACCACCUGUACCGUCAAAGCCACCAUUGGAGACGACAACAGAGGCAUCCAAAGAGCCUUUGAGAAGAAGUCAAAGCGGGAGAAAGUCUAUAAAUGAAUCUGGUGAUAUACUCACUAAAGUCGCUAUUCCACGCUCUGGCAGCUUCCUUAACGCUGGUGGUCUGACUCGGUACAAGUCCAUCGGACACAGAAAUAAUGGCAAAAAGGGAGGAGGAUCGCCUUUAGGCUUCAAUGAACUUUUCAAUGAAUUCAAAGUUCAAGAAAACUUGCACUCUAUGGACGAGAUCCUAAAUGCCAUAAUUGAUGCAGAAGGAAUGUCUUUUAAUGACUUAAAGCCGAUUUACAAAGAGUUUUUGCUCAAAUUAGCGGUAACGUUGACAAAAGACGAAAUAUUUCAGCAUAGUAAAGCGAUAAUGAAAAAACAAAAGAAAAAGAUAUUGCGAAGAAACAGUUUGUUCCAAAAUAAAAGGAGAAAAAUGUUUAAAGGAGCUAGCGGUUUGAGAAUGGUAUUUCGACUACCGUUCGGUAAAGAAGUUAGAAGAAAAGAAAAAGAGAUGUCUCCUUUGGGCUCCAUUGAUUUUCAAGUAGGUGACCCUAAGGAACCCAUAUCUGAAAGUUCGGUGUCAACAUCAAGCUAUGACUUGAGACAAUUCCGACCAAAAGAACCAGUUUUACCGCCACCAAAAAGGCAAGCCAUGCGACAGCGGAAUUCCAAGCGAUCUGAAAAAAUGGUCCAAGUAUCGAAGCGAAACGGUAAAGUGUCAAGACCUGGGGAGAGGACCUCGACGUCAGAAGAUUCGGAUUUUCUGACCUUAAGCAAUCGACUCGGGUGCCAGAAUAGAAAUAGUUCUAGCGGUUAUGUGUCCUGUUCCGAAUGUGAGUCUGAAAGCUGUAUAGACCGAUGUUACUGUUCCCUGAAAGAAACCAGCAAGAAGUGCUACUGCUCCGUCGCAGACGACAAGCGAGAUCCAGCGAAAGCCAGGUUGCUGAGUAAAACCAAAAAUUGCAAGGAUUGCUUAAAAGAAGUUUACGACGGUGACUUCAGCUACUGUUCAUGCGAUUCUGAGAGCUGUGCUGACAGCAAUAAGUGCUAUUGUGCCGGUCCCCGUCGUACCACUAUGCAGACUUCACAAAGUCUUGAGUACCUUCGCAGUCCUUCACAAAAGACCUACUCGGACAGAUUGAAGAGAGCCUUCGAUGACUACGACGGCAGUAGGGGUAGAAACAGGUCGGGCAGCCUGGCCGGCCGGCGACGCACGGAGCGGCGGCGCGCGCGCUCGUCCGACAGCCUCGCGCUGGACUACGAGCUGCUGCUGCAGGACCGCGCGCGGGACACGCGCAGCCGCAACAUGCAGCGUCUCACAGUCCGCAGUACGGGCGCGGGGUCGCAUGACGCCCUGAGCGUGAAAAAGUCUGCGGAGAUGGCGGCUCUGUUCGCGGACGUGCGCCUCUCGCAGAGGACGGACGUGCGCGCGCUGUGCGGGGGCGGCGGGGGAGGUGGGGGAGGAGUGUCGGGCGCGGGGGGGAGGAGGGCGCGGCCGCCGCCCCUGCCGCCGGCGCCGCCCCGCCCCGCGCCCCCGCUGGCCAGGAUGUUCGACCACCGUCCGCUCAGCAGAAACGCAAGCCUUGAAGAUACUCUGGGGUAUUUGCCGUAGUUUUUCUUAGGAUGUAGUAGCGUAAAAUUGCUAUGCGAAACGAGAAAGGAGUUUCGUGAAUUAAAUUGGCAUAUCUUUUCUCCUCGCUAAGACCCUUGUUGAAUCUUUACGUAGUUUGUUUUUUUAUUCUGGUAUGUCAAAAGUAUGUUGUAUAAAGGAAGAAUGUCAAGCAAGCGUAUGAAAUUUAGUUACUCGAUCACGGAGACUGCUCUCUAAUUUAGAAAAAAAAGAAAAAGUGUAAAUAACAAUAAGAAUCAUUGUUUCUCUCAAGCAUAAAAUAUGUUUUUUUUUCUUGGAAUACUAAUUAAUGUUCAGCUUACAUCUAAAGAAUCAAAUAAAUUGUAGUAUUUUUUUAUUAUAAACUUUCUCACAAACACAUUUUCACGGAAUAUUUUUUUCAACUUUUGGUUAUCAUUCAGAAUAUUUUGUUCGAUAACUCUUUACACAUCGUAUUUUUCGUGUAAUUCGUUGUAACCGUAUACCACCUUAUUAACUGAAUAAGGAUUAUAAGUAUAUCGAUUGUUUAUAAGAACUAUGUAUGUAGUUAUUUAUUGAAUAACCAUUUUAUACAUAGGUGCAAUAUAUUGAGUCACUCAUAAUUGUUAAUUUAGUUAUGUUAGUUGUUCACUUUAGUGUUUGGGAUACUAUGAAGUGAUGUUUAGUAAGUGGCUUCAAGCUGAAUAAGCAGCUAUUCGCGGUUCUAAAGAAAAUCAGCGCAUGGCAAAAUAAAAUAGCUAACUUUGCUCAUAAAAAUUUGGAAGGAUAACAAAUUCCAUUAUUUUAAUUCCAAUAAUUUUAGACAAAUUCCAUGUGUUGUUUUUAAGAAACAAUUAAAACAUUUUUUUAAGAAAUUGAAAGAGCUAAUUACUAUUAUUACCAUCGCGGUCUAAACAUCGUUUCAUCGUCCCCUAAGUAGCAUAGACUAGUGCAUUUCGUUGAUCUUAUAAAACCAUUGUGCAAUUUCGGUGCAAUAUUUUUAAAGUUAAGUACCUACUGGAUCACUCCCAGAGUGCAAUAUUAUGCUGUAAAUAUACACGUGUUGAAGAAAUAAAUAAUAAAAAUUAAAA